CCCAUUUCUCUCCACAGUCCUCGAUCGUCCUCUCCAACAUCUCCCCCCCCCCCAUUCUCUGCCUUCUUCGUCCACGAGAUCGAGGCUACUUUGAAGAAGAAGCCUCUGGUCUUUGUCUGCCUUUGAAGAAGAAGCCUCGAUCGACCAUGCAGGAAGCUCUCAUCUCUCCGGGCAAUGCCUGCCGCUUUCGCUCAGCCUUGGAGCUGAAGCCGUUCGCCUUCGGGGACCAGCGCCUCGCCUCGCCGCCGGGCUACCUCAACCUCGCCGCCGUCGGCGGCGGCGACGACGCGCUGUUCCGCUGCUCGUCGCCGUUCAGCCCCAGCCUCGGCUUCUCCUCGCCGUCGCCGCUCGCGACCACCCCCUCCGUCUCGCUCUCGCCGUCCUCCUCCGCCUCGCUCGUCGACGACUGCGACGACGCCGCGGCCGCCGACGUGGACGCCUUCGCCACGGGCCACAGGCUCCAGCUCGCCCGCCUCGCGCUGCAGUACCAGGAGGUGGCCGACCGCUACGAGCUCUGCCUCGCCCGCCUCGCCGACGCCGCGGACGAGGCCGCCGCGCUCCACCGCGAGAACGCCGAGCUCCGCGUCGCCAACGCCGACCUCACGCGCCGCCUCGCGCUCCUCAGCGGCAUCGGCAAGCAGGCCGCCGCCGCCGCCAUCGCCGACGAGGUCUGCCGCCUCCGCUUCGGGGACCACAACAAGGCCGCGGAGUGCGCUCCCGAGAAGCCCGCCGCCGUGCUGCCCAAGAGCAUUUCCGUCCGCUCCAACGACUACCUCAAGAUCAACAAGCCCAAACAGGUGCAGGCCCCCGCCACGCCGGCCGCAAACAACCGCAAGCCUCGCGCGUCGAACACGACCAACAACCCAAGCUCGGUGCAGCGCGUGUACAAGGGCAAUGGCGGCGACAAGAAAGGCGAGGAACCCAAGGAGCCGCCACACACGGCGGCGGCGGCGGCGGCGGGCGGCAUCGGCAUGGAGCUGGAGGUGUACAACCAGGGCAUGUUCAAGACGGAGCUGUGCAACAAGUGGGAGCAGACGGGGGCGUGCUCCUACGGCGACCAGUGCCAGUUCGCUCACGGCGUCGCCGAGCUCCGCCCCGUCAUCCGCCACCCGCGCUACAAGACCCAGGUCUGCCGCAUGGUGCUCGCCGGCGAGGUCUGUCCCUACGGCCACCGCUGCCACUUCCGCCACACGCUCACCCCCAUCGAACGCCUCGACCUGCCCCGACCUUAGCAAAGGCCGGCACGCGGCAGGGCGCGGCGAAGAAGGCCAGCCUUUCGCCGCGCUGGAACCGUUGGUUUUUGUUUCAUCUGAAGUCAGCGAGUCAAGUACAGUACUAUGUAAUUCACACGGAAAUGUAUAAAAAUACGAACAACAACAUAAAUAAGAUACAUGUAUACGAGUAACAUAUACGUACAUAAGAGCAUAAAGUAAACCUGAUGGUAGAAUUAGUUCUCAGGCAAUGUGAAUACACAAGAUAGAUUCAUCGUCAGUCAGCUGUGGGUUCUC